UUAUUAAUAAGUCGAGUGCAAAAUAUUAUGCUAGCAGCAGGCAGGUAUCCCAUUAUUACUCAUUUAGACUUGAGCUUUUGUGUGCCUAACUUGACUUUGCGAUGCUUCUGCAGUGCAGCUGCCUUAUUACUAUUGCUCUUGUUACACAGUUGAGCGCGGCUCUGCUUCCACUUCCAACCAGCUCCGAGUCCAAACAUCCCUUCAGAUACGAUUUGAUGAAAGACUUUCACCUCAAGAGCACCCCUAGGCCGUUUCUCUCCCUUGACGCCAGAAGUUCGCGACCGAUGGAGAAAUUUCUGGACUUAAUUAGGCACCGCAUGCAAAGUAGAAAAAGAAUUGGCUCUUUGUCUCUCGACCCGAAAAUUUCAAAAUUAUCAACUAGGAUGAUCGAGGGCGAUAGGACCAUUCGUACGCAGCGCGCCUUCGACAACAUGGCAAACUUCGUGCAAUUCAUCGGCGACAUGGACUCGAUGCUCACCGACCGCGCCAGACUUGCCGUCAGAAGGCUCUCGGCCUUGCUAAACGAGGAAGACCGAUUCAGAAGAGACCACGGCCAUUGACCCCGCCAUUUCUCUGGUCACUCCUCAAAUGUUAAUUGACAUUAUUAUUCUAUUCACCGACGUAGCCCUCUUUUAUUAGACGCUAUUAUGUAAUAAAAAACAAAUACUGCUUA